UAAAACCGUUCGAAGUCGACAGCCGAGGUUCCAACUUCCCAGCAGGAGAGAAAGAGACGAAAAGGGAGGGAGAGGAAGAGUCGGAGAGAGUGGGAUUAUAUAUUACAAGCUGCCACCAUUAACGAUGAUUCGAUCUCAGAGGAAGAGCUUACUAUUAGUUGUGUGGUAACUUUCCUUUUUCCGAUAACAAAGAUGGUUAUAAAGAGUUAGGGCUUGGAAACGAAUUGGUUGUACAAACAAGAGGCCUUCUUUUGCGAUCGCCGAUCGAAACAAUGGCGCAGGGAAAGAGAGUGAUGGGGACCGUGAAGUGGUUCAGUGGGCAGAAGGGUUUUGGUUUCAUUACUCCCGAAGAGGGAGAAGAUCUCUUCGUUCACCAGUCGUCGAUCCGAUGUGACGGCUACCGGAGCCUCUCGGAGGGUGAGCAGGUUGAGUUCGUGAUCGAGAAGGGUGAGGAUGGACGGUUGAAGGCGGUUGACGUGUCGGCACUGGGUGGAGGAAACAUCUCGGGAGGCGGUAGUGGAAGAGGGUUUUUUGGUGGAAGGGGAAGAGGCGGCGGUUAUGGUAGUUUCGGUGGUGGUGGGUAUGGAAGAGGGGGAAGGAGUGGCGGCAGAGGAGGUAGGAGUGGAGGGUUUGGAGGCGAUGCUGGUGUUUGUUAUAAUUGUGGUCAAGCUGGUCAUCUUGCCAGAGAUUGUAAUCAGGGAAGUGGUGGUGGGGGCUUCAGUAGGGGUGGUUCUGCUGCUUGCUAUAACUGUGGGCAAACUGGUCAUCUUGCCAGGGAUUGUAAUCAGGGCAAUGGUGCUGGUGCAGGCUACGGUGGGGGUGGUGCCGGUGCUUGUUUUAACUGUGGUCAAACUGGACAUCUUGCCAGGGAUUGUGAUCAGGGAAUUGGUGGCGGCGGAAGCAGUUGGAGGUCGGGCAGCGGCGGAGGUUUUUCUGGUGGUGGCGGGAGUUGCUUCAACUGUGGGGAGCAAGGACAUUUUGCAAGGGAGUGCCCCAACAACGAUCAGAAUAUGACCAUCUAGUGAUGAGUUUUGAGUUUGAUAUCAUUUUAUAGUUUUACUUUUUUUUUUGCAUUUUUUCUAGGCUUAUGGGAACUGAUGGAUUUGGGGUUAAUGCAAAGUGGAGGGAUAUUGUUAUUACCAUGCAGUUCUCUCAAAUUUUACUUCUUUUUGGAUGAUUCUCUUUCCUAUUUUCUGGUAAAGUCUCAGAAUUUGAUAUGGUGGGUAAUUGUUUAAAUGAAGAUAUUUAUAGUUUUUUCCUUCAA